UGUAGACAGACAUAGAAAGAGUAGACAGACAUAUAAAGAGUAUACGCCGCAUUGCCUGCUGAGACGCAAGAAAUAUGGCCGCCAUCUUGGACAGGUCACCCGCUCCACUCUAUUCUGUCUGAUGAUGAAGUGUCAGCGCAUCAUAAGCUGGAUACUAAACUGAUUUUCACGGGGGGGUUUCUGCAAACGUCAUACAUGUAGGCAUGAUACCGGACACAUGAUUUGGCGUAUUUUAAUAUUCAUAGUAGACUUAACAGUAAUAGAAUAUUCUUGUAUAUGAUAUAUGGUAUGUAUGAUGGGUAUUUUGCAAAAGACACAGGAUAUGCAAUAUAAUACACAAUGAAUAUUAAAAUAUGCUGAAUCAUGUGUCCAGUAUCAUGGCUACUUAUGACAUUUCUGGGAGAAAACUAUUUUAAAACAUUUAGGCUAUGUUACAAAUACAUCUUUCAUGGGUUUUAAUUUUUUCUGAGAAUAUCAGGUUUACCUAAUAUGCAUAUUUUUUCCCUUUUUCUUUUUUAUUUCAGACUGUUCUGUAAUGUACUGUUGUGCUCUGGUGAUACCAUCAUGUUGAUCAAAACCAGAAUCUACAAUACACAGAAAUAUGUCAAGAUAAAAGAGCCAAGCCUUGAGGAAUUCUUAAAUUCUGCUUUCUUGAAGUUCUCAGUUCCGCCAGUCAAUGGUGUCAAGGUUUUUGAUGAAACAGGAACUGAAGUGGAUGCAGAGGUCUUCUCUGACAUAGCGCAGCAGCCCAAUACUGGCAUACUAACCAUCAAGUUUGAUGACGAUUUAAAGGAAACUUUGCACAGCAGUUCCCAAGAAGCAAAUUCCAGUGCACUGUCUACUGGUAGUGGCGAUGACACAGUCAUCCUCGAAAUCGUGUCCUGCAACUCAGAUGACACAAUCAUACUGGAGGAGAGUGACAGUCCACCCAGAAAGCGACAGAGGGCAGAUGAAGAGGCCAAACGUGUGGUUGAAUUGGCGCUAAGGAGACCUGGGGGCGACCGUAUCAUCAAAGAGUACCACCGCACUAAAAGUCUGACCGACUCCUCACGCCGACAAAUGGUCAACAUACUUGUGGCUGAUAUGACAGAAGCACAUGGGACGGCCCCACCACGGAAUGUGAGAGAGAUGUACGCUCGAGGCAUAGUUCAGCUCUUCCCGUACUUGAUGGAUCCCUACUCUAAAAAUGGAUAUGAACAUUUCUAUGAUGGUGAAAGCGGCAGUGGCUAUCUGGCAUGGCGGCUUAAAACUAUACAGAGGAAAAGUGCUUCAUCAGAAAGCAGAGGAUCAUCACGUCAGCUGACUGGAGGACCAGCAGCCAGAAGAGAGGCUUCCUUUAGUCCUGAGAUGACAUUAAGUGAAGAGCAAUGCAAGGAGGCCAUGGCCUUAAUGAGAUACUGUACUGACGAGGCUACUAUCAAGCAGAAGAUGAAAAUGACAUUUCAACAUCGUCGCAGUAUGGUCCUCGAUGUAGAGAAAUCCUCAGAUGUCUUGACUGAAUUUCCCCGCUUCAAAGAUGUCAAAGGCCUGAUUGAGCAAGAUUUCGUCCUGCAGUUUGGAGAAGAUGUAGCUGCAAGAUUUAUGGAAAGGUGGCCAACAACAUUCAAGCAAAAGGUCAUUCAGCAGUGUAAGGCUCUCCCUUCUACAAGUGACCUUGAUGAGCUUAUCCAUUGUGCUGAAGCUACACCGGAUGAAGAGGAAAUUGAUGACACUCUUACACUUGGCUGGGACAGUGAUCUUUCAUCCAUUAUCCUCCUCCUCCACCUGAUACCUCCUUCAGCCCAAGGCCGGAGAAGACCAGGCAAGGUGUCAGCAGCCCAAGCUGAGAAACAUCUUGUCGUGUUCAAGAAGAGUGGAACAAGUAUUCAAGAACAUGUUGAUGCAAUCAAAUGCACCACUCAACCGUAUCAUCUUGCUGUUGGGAUGAAGAGGAGCACCAUCCAUGAGUUCUUCAUUAUUCUGGACAAGCAGGUCAUACCGUGCAAGUCAUCCAGUACCCUAGGAGCUUUUGACGAACUCUUUAAAGCACACUUUGUAUUUGGUACAAUGUACAACCAGAUGCUCCACAACAUGUUCACCUUCAUUCAGACAACCAUUUACAACAUAGAUAUUGGUCAAGUCCACGAGAGCCCACGUGUUGCUGAGGUUAGGGCCAGGCUGCUGCACUAGUUAAUAGAUGACUCCAGGUCGGCAACAUAUUUGUCACUUUUCACUAAAAGCUCUUCAAUCUGUAUUUUGAGUGAUUUUCCCAUGUCACUCAGUCUUAAUUGAUAUCAUGGGCCUGAUUUGUUUUGUUUGCCACUCUCAUUUUGUGGCAACCAAUGCUCUUGUGAGGCAUUUGCGGUUGAUUCAUGGUUUAUAUCCAGGUAAAUCACUUCGCCUAAAAUGUGCUCAGGGAGGAUGUUGUCGUGUUCUUUGUUCCUUUUCAGGUUUCAGGAAACAUUUAAACUGUAAACAUGCUGAGAACAUUGAGAAUGAAGCUGAAACUGAUAACAUUGUAGACAGUUAUGAAGCAACAGAUGAUACUCGGUCACAACAUUUUGAAGGAGCAGCCAGUAUUCCUAAUGUCCUGCCAGCACCCAACAUCAAUAUUCGGGAUAUGUGUGCAUCUGCUGUUGCGCAGCUUCAAGUUGCUGCGCAACAGCAGAUGCUGAAAUCAUUCAGUGUGUAGCGUUAUAAAUGCACUUUAAAGACAUUUUCAUGGCUGUGAGAAAUGUCAAUACAGUAUGUACCAAGAGAUUUUCUCUAGCGUUCAACAUAAAAUAUGUUUUUAUAAUGGAGACUUUAAGAUUUGAACUUUUACAUGUUUUAUGUUGUUACUUUUAAUGCCAAUAUUUCAUGUUUACUUGGAAUAAAUAUG